AUGGGUUUUCCUAACCAGGAAAGUGACAGCUAUCACCAGGGAAAAGACGAGGUUGAACCUGGAUCCAACGAAGACCUCCCACCGGGAUUACAGAGAGAGCUCGACCGCUUGGAGAAGUUGUUCACGGUGGACACCGAGAUGCUGAAGAAAAUCACAUCACGAUUCGGCGAGGAGCUGGAACAAGGGCUUCAAGAGGACCACCAGAAUAUCCCUAUGAAUAUCACCUGGGUGACGUCGCGGCCAACCGGACAUGAACAAGGCACAUUCCUCACCCUCGACCUUGGAGGGACGAAUCUGAGGGUCUGUCUUGUCACGCUCGCCCCAGCUAGCCGGCCGAAUAUUAUGCAGCACAAGUUUAAAGUGCCCACACACUUCCUCACUGGGACGGCAGAUCAGUUGUUUGACUUCAUAUCGAGUUCAAUGCAGGAGUUUCUUGACCAGCAUCCCAAUCAUGCACGAGGUUGGAGUGGAAACGCGCCAUUGCCCCUGGGGUUUACCUUCAGCUAUCCAGCUACCCAGGAGAGGAUUGAUCAUGGGAUACUUCAGACGUGGACGAAAGGAUGGGAUGUCAAAGGUGUGGAAGGAAACGACGUUGCAGAGAUGUUGAGAAAAGCGAUACAGAAAAGGAGCCUCCCCAUCAAGCUCGUUGCCGUUGUGAACGACACGACUGGAGCAUUAAUUGCCUCCUCAUACAACGACCCCGAAACCAUCAUUGGGGCGAUAUUUGGCACCGGCUGCAACGCGGCAUACAUGGAGCAAGUCAGUCACAUCCCGAAACUGGCCCGCACUAGAUCAGAGUUAAACUCGAGCACGACCGAAAGCGCCAGGUUAUUGGAUGAUGAGGGUUUAAUGGCCAUCAAUUGCGAGUAUGGCGCCUUCGACAAUUCGCAUGCGGUUCUCCCUCGCACCUUAUAUGACGAGAUUAUUGACCAGGACUCGCCUCGGCCGGGCGAACAGUCGUUUGAGAAGAUGUCUGCAGGCUUGUACCUGGGUGAGAUUUUCCGACUGGUCCUCGUGGAUGUGAGAGAUAGGGAAGGCAUUUUCCGGCAGAAGACCAGUCAUGAGUUUAUCUCAGCAGGGAAACACGGAGUCAGCAGCGAGGCAAAAGAAGCCAAAGAAGACAGAAAGGGCCUAGAUGACGCAUACGCUCUUGACACCGAGUUCCUGGCGCUCAUUGAAAACGACCACUCUCCAGACCUUGUGGAGUCGAGACUGAGAUUUGAGGCGCAUCUCCAUCACCCUCAAUCCCUGGCCCCUAUAUCGCCCUCGCACAAUGAAUUGCUCUUUUGCCGUCGAAUAGCGCAGCUCAUUGCCAUCCGCGGGGCCCGCCUCUGUGCGUGCGGUGUGUCAGCCAUCUGUCGACGGCUCGGUGUGAACAAGGGCCAUGUUGCAGCGGACGGGUCCGUCGCAAUCAAACACCCGCAUUUCAAGAAGAGGUGGGAGCAGGCUGUGGCCGAAAUCCUGGAUCUCGAGAAGGGAAGAGUCGAAUUGACGAGCGCCGAGGAUGGGAGCGGGAUUGGAGCAGGUGUGAUUGCUGCGUUGACGUUGAAAAGUGACAGCUACAACGGACAAUGA